AGGGCUGGCGGCACAGGAAUGCCGGCGGAGGAGGGAAAGCCGCCGCGAGAAGCACCAUGUCUCUGUUAUAACUGAGUAGCCCUUAUGACCAACAUGAGCUGGAGCUUUCUAACCCGCCUGCUAGAAGAGAUUCACAAUCACUCCACCUUCGUGGGGAAGGUCUGGCUCACCGUGCUCAUCGUCUUCCGCAUUGUCUUGACAGCGGUGGGGGGGGAGUCCAUCUACUCCGAUGAGCAGAGCAAGUUCACCUGUAACACCAAGCAGCCCGGCUGCGACAACGUCUGUUACGAUGCCUUCGCGCCGCUGUCACACGUCAGGUUCUGGGUCUUCCAGAUCAUCAUGAUAUCCACCCCUUCGGUCAUGUACCUGGGCUAUGCCAUCCACAGGAUCGCCCGGUCGGCGGAGGAGGAGAAGAAGUUCAAGGGCUUCAAGAAGAAGAAGCAGUUUGCUUUGAACUGGCAGGCAGUGCGCAACAUGGAGGACGCGAUGGAGGCUGACGAAGAGGAGCCCAUGAUCUCUGACGACACAGCAGAACACGAGAAAGCCAAAGCCAAGCCCAAGAGCAAAGAGCAACAAAAGCACGAUGGAAGGAGGCGCAUCCAGCAAGAAGGACUGAUGAAAAUCUAUGUCUUCCAGCUACUUACCAGAGCUUCGUUUGAAGUUUGCUUUUUGAUAGGGCAGUAUUUACUCUACGGUUUUGAGGUAGAAGCCUAUUACGUCUGCAACAGAGUCCCUUGCCCUCACACUGUGGACUGCUUUGUGUCCCGGCCAACAGAGAAGACCAUCUUUCUCCUGGUGAUGUACGUCGUGAGCUGCCUGUGCUUAUUGCUGAACAUGUGUGAGAUGUUUCACCUGGGGUUUGGGACCAUCCGAGAUGCCAUUCGCAACCGGAAAAUCAACAGCUUUAGGCAGCCUCCCUACAACUAUGCCUACCCAAAGAACAUCUCCUGCCCUCCUGAGUACAACCUGGUAGUGAAAUCAGAGAAGUCCACCAAGAUCCCCAACAGCCUGAUGGCUCACGAGCAGAACUUGGCUAACGUCGCUCAGGAGCAGCAGUGCACCAGCCCGGAUGAGAACCUCCCGGCAGACUUGUCCACCCUUCACAAACACUUGCGAGUGGCCCAGGAGCAGUUAGACAUAGCAUUUCAGAGCUACAGCAGCACCCAGGCCAACACGCAACCUUCUCGAACCAGCAGUCCCGCCUCGGGUGGCACGGUGGUAGAGCAGAACAGGGCCAACACCGCCCAGGAGAAACAAGGUGCUAAACCCAAGGCCUGCUUGGAGAAAGGGAGCUCAAGCAGCAAAGACGGAAAGACGUCUGUAUGGAUAUAGCUUUGUCUAAAAGGAGAGAGGGCAGCAUAAGUGGGGUUUUUAUUUUGAUUUGUUUCUGGGUUUUGGUAUUGUCUUGCGUUCAUUUCACAGGGCAGAGGCACAAUUUUUCUAUGGAAGUCAAGAGUGAAAAGGAGUUUCAGACCAAUUUAGUGCUGUCUUCCAGUGCGUUAACAAAAGACAUUUCUUCCCUGUUUCCAACACGUUCUCCAGCUGGGAACCUCCAGUGAGCAACAGCAAACCCCCCGCAUCUCCCACCCCUUCGGUCACCACCGGAGCCCCCAACAGAGACUGGACAACGCGCUGUGAUGGGAAGCAGAGCUGCUGGUGGCUCAGGAGAGAAGUCAGACCGACAGCGAGCAGCUCUCCUCCCACAUGGCAAGGCUAGAGUGCUGUAGGCCAGGCAGUGUUUAAUUACUAAAUAUCCUUGAUCAAAAUUAAUUUCUGAUCCCUUGAUAAGAAAAGAAAACAACUGACAUAUUGCAUGAACCUUCACGACACGCUUACAGCUGAUGUCCUGCCUGAACUGUGAGAUGCUGUAGCAGGCAUCGCUGGAAACGAAGGCAUCGUUCGAUGCUGCGAGCCACGAGCUGGCACCCACAUCAGGUUAUGGGGCAGAACCACAGCGACUGUCUUACACAGGGAGACCUAAAACCAUAGCACAGCGCUGGAGGUUUUUGUCUUUUAUUCCUCUGCGUCGAAGCAAAAAGCAAAUACGAUCAAACACUAUGCAGCAGGAGCGAGCAGUGACACUGCGUCACACCGGUGCCUGUGUAGCGCUUGCUACAGAUGUGAUGGGAAUCGUUGCAGUUACAGUGUUUUCAACAAACUGCUGCUUCACAUCAUCAGAAAGUGCCUUUAUGCAACCAGGAAAACAAAAUCAUAAAGGGUUUAGACUUCUUUAUUUGCUGAAUUUUAGUAGAGACUGGAAGAUCAGUGUUGGCAAAUUUGUUUUUCUGUUUAAUCAAACCCUUAUAAAUAGUGGCAGGCGGCAGAUCUACGCAUAGUGUGUAUAUGAUAUGUGUGUGUGUACAUGUACGUAUAUAUACAGACACAUAUGAACAUGUGUGUGUGAAUAUAGACAUAGAGAGCUAUAUAAAUGUAAUAUCAACCCUCUGGUAAUUUUACAGCCUUUCACCUCCCCUGGGAAAACUCAUCUGGUCCAGGACUAUGGCUGAUCUCAUCCUGGAGCAGUCUUUGGGCUUCCAGCCUCCAGCCUCACCUGGGGAACUGGCAGGUUUCACACGCUUGCUUGGGGGGCUUAGCAGAACAUCUGGCUUCAGACAGGACCAGGAAAGUAGCAGCAAGUUUUUCAUUAGUUUAUGGGGAGCUUUUUGAGCUUGGCUUGGUUUUAGGGUGGUUUUCAUGCAGCUACAGGAAUCUGGGGGCAUGUUAAAACCAAGCUGGUGAGCUCCAAGGCUCCUGCUAGUGCUGAGGAUGUGCUUUGCCAGGGUGGCUUCAUCCCACGUCUCUUGCACAGCUGCGGGACUGUGGCUUUGUACCCCUCCAGUAACACAAAAUAGAAAGAAAACCUCAUCACUGAGAGCACAGGGAGCACCUCCUGCCGAACAGUGGAGGCUGAAACCAGUCACUGCCCCACUCUGCCACGUCUCAGAGCAGGUCUUAUCCCUGAGAUGUUCCCAAGAUGCCUGUGGCUUGGCAGAUGUUCUCAAAACCUCCUAAGAGUCCAAUGGCUGAUUCACCACCAUGGAGAACCCAAAUAGGCAGAGCUUUCGAGAUCAAACCUAACACGAAAGAAGUAAAUCCUCACCGAACACAGCACUGCUCCUGUGCCAAGCUGUUCCCUCAGGGCUGUGCCAGCCACCCAAAGUCGCAUGCAGGUCCCUGUGCCAGUAUUUCCUAUCCAUUGGAUCUAUAUGACUUCUUGCUGGGCAUCUUUCUCAUGUCCUUGAGAUCGGUCCCUGAAAGCCUUGAGGAUGCCUGUUCCCAAGGUGGCCGGGCCCUUUGGCCAGUCUUGGGAACAGAGAACUUGGGUAUGGCCUUCAGCUCCUGGGAACCUCGACCGAGCUGUGCCAUGCCAUUAGAGAACAGUGCUAGCAGUAAAAAAGUAGGUUUAAAAAGAAAGCAAAGAAACAUCCUACGAGGUAUCCAGCUGUAAAUAUUCACCAUGGCUUUGCAUAACAGUCUGGGGAACACUUUCAGGCUUGUUCCUGGUCCUGCUGAAGGCAUCGGUAAAAUGCCUGGAGUGCUGCCUGCUCUCGCUGCUGGAGAUCUUCCCCUUGAAAAUGGACAACUGCAUCCAGGAGGAGGAUCAGUGCAUCCCCCCACCAGCAAUGGUCAGGAGUAACACGCAUCUGUCGUGUGGAGGGAUGGCCUUUCUGCCGUGAAUUUUGAAUGAAAGGCUCAGAAAGUUCACACCACGGUGGCGGGGAGACAAACAUAUCCAACUGCGCUGUUGCUCCUUGUCCCACGUGCGGGAAUGUGCUCUCCUCCUGGGCUGGGCUGCACAGGGCAAUGCAGGAGAGGCUGGUUGUCAACGGUACUGCUACCAUGAAGAUAAAUGCAUGCAGGUCCAGAGCCCAGGGCUGCUGGGGAGGAGAGCAGAGGUGCUGCUGGGUGGAAAUUUGCUCCCUAGCAAUUACAGCUGUCCACGGCACAAGCUGUCCUCCACAUCGAUGUGACUUCUCGUUUACCGCCAGCCCUACGUCCCAUGGGAAACAGUGUGUAUUUAAAGUCACGAUCCCAAGGGAAGGAUGGAAGGAUGGAAACUCUGAGGAGAGUGAUGGUUGGAUGCUGCCUGGGUUUUUCUGAUUCCUUUUUGAUGAGCAACGAUAUCACAGCCCCGGAUAAACUUGUCCUUCCCACACAAUGCGGGAAGGCGCUGUGCUGUGCAGGAGUCUGGAUUUUGGAUUUCUCCUGCCCAUACCAGCGACACCUCCCUCAGCCCCAGACACGGCCUGAGCAUUUCCUGAUGACUCAGAUCAGCCCCUCAGCUCCUCCUGACCAGCACAUUCACCAGUGAGUCACCAAACGCAGGGACGGCCACGUGCCUCCCUUGCUCUUGCUUCAGGAAACCAUCCUGGCCUCACCAUGGGGAAAGGGAGGGGGGCAGAUUUUAAACCAGAAACCCCAGAACCUGAUCACAGGGACCUGACUGAAUCAUUAAACCCAUUUUAUACAGCAGGGCUAUAACCCGUCCCCCAACAAUAUAGCUGGUCAGGGCCCGAUGGGAGGAGAUCCCUGUGCUCCAUGGCUGCAGGUUCAGACACACUUAGAGCAACGGGGCUGGAAAGGACCACAGAUCUUCUCCCCAACUUGCUACCAUCAAAUGCUUCCUUAAUGGCUAACACAAACCCCUCUCGCUGCAACCCCUGGUGUCUCCUCUCCUCAGCAGCCAUGCCUUUAAUGGCUGCAGAAGCUUUUGGGUGUUUGAAGACUGUUUUCAUCCUCCUCAAGUCUGCUUUAAGCUAAACAACUCCAGUCUCAUCAACCUUUCUCCAAGGGCUGCUUUUCUAGCAUGGUUUUCCUUGGUGUCUUUAAACCACCACCAGCCAGUCCACGUCUUCCCAGCGCUGUGGCAGCGCUGGUCCUUGGGCCACCUUCCCACUCUGCUCCUCUUCAUGCAACUGUCUGCCACCCUGGUCCUCCCCAAAACCCCGUCUUCUGCAGGCAUGGGGAUUGCUCCCCUCUUCAGAUAUGUGCUGGUACAGUUGGGAUCUUCCUGCCCUCCUUCAAACUGCCUUUUUAUUUUCACGCUGCAGACCCAGUGCACCAAAGGGGUUUUGAAUGAUCUGUUGGUCCUGCAGCAGAUUUGCAGCUUCCUCCCGGCUGGUGUCACGAUCACAUUUAAUAGGCACACACUGUUUUCCAUAGUGAGAGUCAAUAAUUGCAAUAUUGACGAGUACUAGAGCCAGGGCAGACUCUUGGGCGAUCAAUACAACCUCCUCGUCGGGCAGGGAGACAGGGUAACCACUCUCUCAGCUGUCUUUCCAGCCAGCCCCGCUCAUCUAUCAGGCUUGAAAUACUUCCUUGCAUAAAAUGCUUUGCGAAGGGGAGCUGAUCUUGCUUUCCCAUGUUUUCCAAGCAUUUUGAUAGGGACAGAAGCACAAGGGCACAUUCCCAGCAGGACUGCUCCGGUAUAGUGGGCUGCCUGAGAGAGAUGCAAAGUUGCCUGCGCAGUCCCAGCCAGCCUGGAGGAUACCCCUGACUCCUCUGACCCUGGGGAGGAGGGACCCCAGUUCUCCCAGAUCCCAUCUGAGCUGCACACAGGAGCCGGCACGAGUCAGCCCUAGAAAUAUAAAGGAUUAUUAUUAUUAUUACGUAUACUGAGUUGCUCACUUCCCCCCUUCCUCCUCCACUCCAUGGCCUCUAAAGCCUUUAGGAUAUUGUGUCUUUCCACCAAGUCACUGCCACAAAGGCGACCGACAUGCAUUAACGUCUUUGCAGGAGCAACUUCUUUCGGGGCAGGAGCAAAAAUCCCCUCUUUAUGAUGUCAGUUUGGGAAGGAAAAGGGUAGAGUGGCAAAGUAAGCAUAACCACAAGCAAAAAACCCAUCACAACCAUUACGAACUAAACCAGCGUCUCAAGGAAUUUCAAUUAGACGACAGGCAGCGUCGGCCACGGAAGAAGUGCCAGUAGUAUAAUUAAUGCUUUGCUUUUUUUGUUUUUACAGGUUAGCAGUUUUGUUCACACACAAGACGGGUUUAGCUUUGUAGCUGAACUAAUCAUAAAUGUUGACUCUGUUGCUAAACUUGGUCGGAUAAAGUGCCCACACUUAUAUUUCUAUUCUUACCAUUCAGGGCCAGGAAUGUCCCACGUAAAAGCCAGAUUACCUUGUUGCUUGCAUUGCAUUCCACUGGGAAAUACUUGAACUUAACUCAAGGCCAUAACCAGUCUGUGCUGUUAUGAAGUUUCUGGGAUUGUUAUUUUUUUUGUUGUUCAUUUUUUUAUGUACUAACUGUAUUUGUACUAGAAAUUUUUUGAGUAUGAGGUUGAAUCUGUAAGUAUUUUUCAGUGUAAAUGUUACAUCUGGACUGUAGUUAGAAUAUUAAACACUGGUCAAAAGAGAAAGAUACAUUGGUCCAACUCUUCGACUGGCUAUUCCACAUCAAUUACUAAUAAAAUGGAAUAAAACUUACAUUUUGU